GGUCUUAGUUCCAACUUCGAAUAUAUAUAGAUGCUGGGCACCUGUAUCACGUGUCCGUGCUACUGAACUUUAACUUGGUUGGAUCCUGAAGCUUGCUUGAUUGAAUCUAGUGGCUAGGCGAACCUAUAUCUAUAGUAUUCUCCCGGCUUCCUAGAUUAGUAAUAAGCAAGCUUUCAGAUAGAUUAGAUUAGCUCGUCGAGCCCCUAGCUAGGUAGUUGCUCAAUCAAGUAUCUUUAUUAGCUCCAAGAUUAAAUUUCCGUACAAAGUACCCUGGGGGUGCGCAAAUGGUGAUCGGCACUAUUUUCAUCGUGAUAUAGAAAGGCCAAGCAAAAGCCAAGAAGAUGCCCAGAAAAUGCCUUCAAAGUACAUCUACAAGGUCCUUGGAUUUGGAUUAGUAUUUAAAAUGCACAAAAGUGAAAAGGAUGGGUUCGUUACAGGCCAUCGCGAUAUUCAAUGAAGCCAUUCUAUCUUUUCAUGGGAGCGGCCCUCGCGGGCGCUGCUCGGCUCCCAAAGUUGCAGGACUUUGAUGCCCUUGGCGCUUGGUUCCAGGAAGUCGAUGCUAUUAACAGCACGACUGCACUGAAUGCAGCACGCAAUGGCGCCAUGAACACUUCAAUUGCCAUUGUUGGAGGUGGCAUCUCGGGUCUCGCUACAGCACUUAUGCUAGACAGCGUUGGUGUGCACAACUGGGAGAUCAUAGAGGCCAGUGACCGUGUCGGAGGUCGAUUCCGGACGAAGUUCAUUGCCGAUACGCAAGAAUGGGCAGAGAUGGGACCCAUGAGAUUGCCUGUGCGUGUGCAUUAUAACGAUGGGGAGACUAUCGAGUACGCGGACCACGCGAUGGUAUUCCAGCUUGCAAAUUUGUUGAAUGAGAUGAACGGAAAUGACGAGAAAUGGAAAAUCGAUUUUAUUCCAUGGAUUCAACAACAUCCGAACGAGUUGCUGGCCUUGGGAACAGGGAGACUUCCAGAUGGUCGGAUUCCGACUCGGGCCGAAGUCGAACAGGACCCAAAUUUGAAGCAGCCAGCUCCUAUGUCGACUGCAGAGUACAGGCGGACUAAGAAUCUAAUGGACGAUAUCUUAAAACGUACGGAGAAGCUGAAAGCCGUACAACGUGAUGUCUGGCGCGAACAUCGAGUGGCAAUGGAUCAAGGUCUGGAUGACUGGAGCGAACAGGCCAUGAUGCGGCAUGUGUUUGAUGCAAGUGAGAAUGUCACAGACGCCAUUUGGACAGACAGUGACUAUGAUGUCUUUUGGGAUGAACUGCACCAUAACUCCAAUCUCGAGCUGGAUGGAAGUCCUGGGACUCCGGGCAAAACGGAAUGGGCUUGCAUCGAUCGUGGCUUCAACCGACUCUCUGACGCUUUCAUCCCCCAUGUCAAAGACAGACUAAUUCUGGAACGGAAGAUUCGCAAGUUAGAGCCUGUCGCCGGUCCAGAUGGACGGAAACAGACCAAGCUAUCAUGGUAUCCAUCUGUCACUAACCGCACAUAUGAGAGCAAGGCUUAUGAUUACACGAUCAUGGCAGUGCCUUUCACAAUGACACGCUUCAUGGAUCUCCCCAAAUUCUCGUCAGUUUUGGACCGUGCAAUCAGCGAAGCAGGCCUGCGCUUUAAGUCGGCGUGCAAAGUCGCCUUACUCUUCUCGGAGCGAUUUUGGGAGAAAGGAGAGCGUCCUAUAUUCGGCGGAAAAUCGACACCACCAAGCGAUGCUAUAGGGGCUCUCUAUUAUCCAGUAUACGGCUUGAACGAGUCUCGUCCCGGUCUCAUCAUGCACUACCGCGGCGGAGACUGGAGUGACAGAUUCGUCAGUUUCUCGGAUGAAGAGUAUGUCCAGACUGUACUGGAUGCAAUUGUUGCCUUACACGGCGAACAAGCUCGACAGCUAUACACAGGACACUAUGAACGCCUCUGUUGGUUGCAGGAUGAGCAUACUGCAACAUCAUGGUGUCGCCCAGAUAUAGAGCAGCAUCGUUUGUACAUCCCAGCAUAUCAUCAAAUCGAGCACAACACCAUUUUUAUCGGCGAGCAUACAGCGCCGACGCAUGCAUGGGUGAGCAGUUCAUUGCAUUCCGCGGUUCGUGGUUGUGUGCAGCUAUUGUUGGAUUUGGGGUUAGUGGACGAAGCAAAGAAACUUAAUAGACAAUGGAUGGGAAGGUGGAUCCAUUAGAUAGUCAAUGGUCUCUUGUCUGCUUAACUCCACAGAAUAGUCAGUAUGGGCCUGAAACCU